AUGCCAGCCCAGACCUUCGAGGCCGAGGACAACGACUUUGACGACAUUUUCGAGGACGACAAUGACGACUACGAUGACGACGGCGACGACGACGACAUUUCCAAGAACUACAACCGGCAGCGGCCGAACCAGCAGCCAACGACGGCCCAGAAGCCGUCGGCCAACACGUUCAAGAGCGUGGACGACCAGAUCUCGGCGCUGUCCAAGCACGCGGCCAAGAUCCGGCUCGACGACGUCAAGGCCUCGCAGGAGCGGGACAAGGACAAGGCGGACCGGGCGACGAGCGACCAAGUGCUGGACCAGCGCACGCGCAUGAUCCUGCUGCAGAUGAUCAACCGGGGCGUGGUGAGCGAGAUUCACGGCGCCAUCAGCACGGGCAAGGAGGCCAACGUGUACGGCGCGAUCGCUCUGGCCGAGGACCUCGACAGCCCUCCGAUCCACCGCGCCGUCAAAGUGUACAAGACGGCCAUCCUGAGCUUCAAGGACCGCGAGCGGUACAUCACGGGCGAGCACCGCUUCAAGUCGGGCGCCGACAAGGGCAACAGCCGCAAGAUGGUCAAGCUCUGGGCCGAGAAGGAGUUCCGCAACCUGCGCCGCAUCCACGCCGCGGGGAUCCCCUGCCCGGAGCCCAUCCAGCUCAAGCUGCACGUGCUGGUCAUGGACUUCCUGGGCGACAAGAAGGGCUACGCGUACCCGCGGCUGCGCGACGCCCCGAUCUCGUCCUCGUCCUCGUCGGACGACGCCGACGCCACCUGGCGCCUCCUGUACGUCCAGCUGCUGGGCAUCAUGCGCCGCCUGUACCAGGUCUGCCGGCUCGUGCACGCCGACCUGAGCGAGUACAACAUCCUGUACCACAAGAAGCAGCUGUACGUCAUCGACGUGUCGCAGAGCGUCGAGCACGACCACCCGCGCUCUCUCGAGUUCCUGCGCAUGGACAUCAAGAACACGGGCGACUUCUUCCGGCGCCAGGGCGUCGACACGCUGCCCGACCGCACCAUCUUCGACUUCAUCACCAGGUCCGCCCAGGACGGCGGCCUGCCUGUCGAAGAGCCCGCGCUCGGCGAGGCCGUGGAGAGGCUGUACCAGGCGAGACAAGACGCGGCGGGCGAGGAUGAGACCGACGCGGCGGCUUCCGCCAACCGCGACGAGGUCGACAACGAGGUCUUCCGCAACCAGUUCAUCCCCCAGACGCUCGAGCAGGUGUACGACAUUGAGAAGGACGCGCAGACCAUCGGCCAGGGUGGCGGCGACAAGCUCGUCUACCGCAACUUGCUCGCAGACCAGGUCGUCAAGCAGCAGCAGCAGGACGGCGAGAAGAAGAAGUCCCCCGUCUCCGGGUCGGAAGACGACGAGUCAGGCGAGGGUGGCGCGAGCCUGAAUGGUGACGAGGACGAGGCCGAGGAUGACAGCGACGAGGACGAGGACGGCGACGAGAGCCGGUUCGACAAGGGCCAGCCGCGUGGCAAGAAGCACCAGGACAAGGAGGAGAAAAAGGCACACAAGGCAGCAGUAAAAGAAGAGAAGCGCGAGAAGCGCAAGGACAAGAUGCCCAAGCACCUCAAGAAGAAACUCGUCAACAGCACGUCGCGGCGGAAGAACUAG